GCCCGACGGGCGGGACGGGCGGGACGGGCGGGACGCGCGCGGCGGGCGGAGCUGAGGACGCCGACGACCGUGGCGCGCACUGGGCGCUGCCCACGUCCGCCUCCCUACAGGCUGCGCUGGGCCAAGCGCGGUGCCGAAGCACGGAGCCCCGAGCCCGCCCCGCCCGAGGGACCCCGUCCGGGGGCCGAGGAGGUUGUCAAUCCCGGCUUGUCUUCUAGACCCGGACCACCUGGACGACGACGAACCGCCCAACAUGGCAUCGGAGGUAAAAGGGGCUGUUUGCUUGAUGCCAGUGAAGGGAACCUGUGGCCUGGGAAGCAGGAGAUCUGGGUUCCAGUCCUUUUUGGUCCUCAUUAGCUAGCAAGGCACUUCCUCUCUCUGGACCUGUUUGUUCAUCUGAAUAAACUGGAGUGGGAAGCUGUGGGGUGGCCGGUUUGUGGGCGCAGUGGACCCCAUCAUGGAGAAGUUCAACUCAUCCAUUGCCUACGACCGGCACCUGUGGGAGGUGGAUGUGCAGGGCAGCAAGGCCUACAGCCGGGGCCUGGAGAAGGCGGGGCUCCUCACCAAGGCUGAGAUGGACCAGAUACUCCAUGGACUGGACAAGGUGGCUGAGGAGUGGGCUCAGGGCACCUUCAAACUAAACCCCAAUGAUGAAGAUAUUCACACAGCCAACGAGCGGCGUCUGAAGGAGCUCAUCGGUGAGACUGCUGGGAAGCUGCACACGGGCCGAAGUCGGAAUGACCAGGUGGUCACAGACCUCAGGCUGUGGAUGCGACAGAACUGCUCUAAACUUUCCGCCCUACUCCGGGAGCUCAUCAGAACUAUGGUGGACCGGGCAGAGGCGGAACGUGACGUCCUCUUCCCAGGGUAUACGCACCUGCAGAGGGCUCAGCCCAUCCGCUGGAGCCACUGGAUCCUGAGCCAUGCCGUGGCGCUGACCAGAGACGCUGAGAGGCUGUUGGAGGUCCAGAAGCGGGUCAACGUCCUGCCCCUGGGGAGUGGGGCCAUCGCAGGCAACCCUCUGGGUGUGGACCGGGAGCUGCUCCGAGCAGAACUGAACUUUGGGGCCAUCACCCUCAACAGCAUGGAUGCCACCAGUGAGCGAGACUUUGUGGCUGAGUUCCUGUUUUGGGCUUCGCUGUGCAUGACCCACCUCAGCAGGAUGGCUGAGGAUCUCAUCCUCUAUGGCACCAAGGAAUUCAGCUUUGUGCAGCUCUCAGAUGCCUACAGCACCGGAAGCAGCCUGAUGCCCCAGAAGAAAAACCCAGACAGCCUGGAGCUAAUCCGGAGCAAGGCAGGCCGAGUGUUUGGGCGGUGUGCUGGGCUCCUGAUGACACUCAAGGGACUUCCAAGCACCUACAACAAGGACUUACAGGAGGACAAGGAAGCCGUAUUUGAAGUGUCAGACACCAUGAGUGCCGUCCUCCAAGUGGCCAGAGGUGUCAUCUCUACACUACAGAUCCACCGUGACAACAUGGCACGGGGUCUCAGUCCUGACAUGCUGGCCACUGACCUCGCCUACUACCUGGUCCGCAAAGGGAUGCCGUUCCGCCAGGCCCAUGAGGCCUCCGGGAAAGCUGUGUUCAUGGCCGAGACCAAGGGGGUCCCCCUCAACCAGCUGUCGCUGAAGGAGCUACAGACCAUCAGCCCCCUGUUCUCGGGGGACGUGAGCCACGUGUGGGACUACGGCCACAGCGUGGAGCAGUACGCCGCCCUGGGUGGCACGGCGAGCUCCAGUGUCGACUGGCAGAUCGGCCAGGUGCGGGCCCUGCUGCGGGCCCAGCAGGCCUAGAGCCCUCUCCACCCCGUGCCUAAAGAAAGCAGGCCCAAGAGGAGGCCGCUGCUUGUUUCCUGCCCAGCCUGACUCCCUCAGCGGUGGGCUUUCAGGGGCCUGUUGAGUGAGCAGUUGGGGCCAUCAAGGAAGCGGAGAAAAUGGACAAGGGUGGCAGGAGUCAUGGAUGGGGAAGGAGAGGGGCUUGCCUUCAUUAGAGCCUCCGCCCUGCUCAGGCCCCGCACCCUUCACUGUAGGAGGCACAGUAACCGGCCCAGAGCAUCCUGGGAGGACUGGCCUCCUCGGAGCCUUGAUGGCCCCUGAUGGGCUUGGUUAACUCAGUCAGUCCCUGUUCAUUAUCCUUCCUUCCAGCAUCCUCUAGGCUCGCCUGCUCACAUUCUCCCCUUGCUUAACUCACCCUUCCCUGAACAAUCAGGCACCGUGACAGGGUGUCCUGGGCCCUCGUGCGGGGAAUGGCAUAUUUGGUGGUAAAAUCAGUCAUCCAGCUAGCGUGGGAUGCCAGGCAUCUAGGUGAACUUCAUACAUGCAAACAUGUCUCCUUCACCCUAGAGAGUAAUGUACUGCCAUGUGGUCCCAGCACGGACCAUGAGGUGAGGGCCAGACAGGAGUGCCUGGGGGGACCUGCCCCCUGUUGCAGUCAAGGACUUACAUUUAGUCUGCAAAGGGCCUGGGGUCAGGCCUGGCACACAGUAAAUGUUCAAUAGCAGUGAGUCCCCAGAACCAGCGGAGGCCUCUUCUACAUGGAAGUCACCAAAAUCCUGAUAAGAAAUGUCUGAAAUUGGGUGCCUGGGUGGCUCAGUUGGUUAAGCGACUGCCUUCGGCUCAGGUCAUGAUCCUGGAGUCCCAGGAUCGAGUCCCAGGAUCGAGUCCCGCAUCGGGCUCCCUGCUCAGCAGGGAGUCUGCUUCUCCCUCUGGCCUUCCUCCCUCUCAUGCUCUCUGUCUCUCAUUCUCUCUCUCUCAAAUAAAUAAAAUCUUUAAAAAAAAAAA